GGGACUGUGAAAGGUAUAAAUUCUGGUCUCUCCUACCUGCAACAGAAGACCAAUCUUGAUAUCAACAUCCACAACUUCACACUUCAAACCUUACACUUCAUAUCUUAACAACCUGCCUAAAACUUCAUCAUGUUCUUCAAAACUAUCAUCGCCGCUUCCGCUAUCGCUGGCCUUGUUGCCGCGGUGCCCUUCAACACCAACACCACAAGUGCCUGUCCCACUCUCUGCGUCGAUGCUAUCAAUGACUGUGGUUUCAUGUACGGAGGAUGUUAUCCUAUUUGCUCUCCUGAGCUGUAUCCUACACCACCACCAUGCACACCUACUACACAUACCACCCCUAUCACCCCAGACAUUACCAUCACUCUUAUCACCCCAACCCCUGAACCUAUCACGAACUCAACUAGCUAA